AAGGCACUCACGAGAACAGACACACACACGCUCACACACAGCACUCGCACUCUGGAGUAGCGCUUGGAUUGGAGGGGGAGAGGGUGAACUGCACCUGUCCCACGCACACACAAAUAAACACACUCACCCAGGGGAGAGAUCAUUCGGCCCUAUGUGUGGCUGGGACCAAAGCUUCUCGGCUACCUCUCAUAGCUCGGCCAUGUUGACUACUGAGAGGGCCCACACUGUAGAGCACGACAACGUCAAAAUGGACACCGAACCCCAUAGGGACACGGAAACCCAGAUGGACACGAGAUCCAAAAUGGCCACCGACACAGACUCGAUGGAGGAGGCGGACAUGAUGAAGUGGACGGAGGUGGAGUUUGAGGAGAAGUGUACCUACAUCGUCAAGGAUACUCCGCGGGAGGCAGGGACAGAGAGCAAGGGGUUAACGAGAGCAGAGGCCUCACUGCCUCGUAACCUGGCCUUCAAACAACUAGCUGAUUCCAAAGAGGUGAUUGGAGUGGCCAGCAGAGAGUACAUCCCCAAAGGAACACGCUUUGGCCCCCUGGUGGGUCAGAGCUACACUGCAGACAGCGUCCCCAAAGAUGCCAACAGGAAGUACUUCUGGAGGAUCUACUCGCAGGGCGACUUCCACCACUUUGUGGACGGCCUGGACGAGGAGCGGUCUAACUGGAUGCGCUACGUCAACCCGGCCCACUCGGCGGGGGAGCAAAACCUGGUGGCGUGCCAGAAUGGCACGAACAUCUACUUCUACACGGUGAGGGCCAUCCCCCCUGGCACCGAGCUGCUGGUGUGGUACUGCCCAGAGUUCGCUCACCGCCUCCACUACCCGCCUUCUGGAGAGCUCAUGAUGCAGAAACUCAAGCAGUCUCUGCUGGAAGCCAAGCAGCAGGCCAGUGAGGAGCAUGUUAGCAGCAGCAGCGCCCCAGUCAAGAUAGAACACAGUGUCUCCUCCAUCCUCGGGGUCACCACCUCUAGCAAGAGGGAGCCCAGCCGGCCACUGGCCACGCGACCCCGCUGUGCUGACAGCCCCGAUCGGCCCCUGUACCCCCGUGCCCUCUACCCCCCAUUCCGCCCCCACCCUCAGGAAGAGUUCCUGAGCCUUAAGACCAGCCCGGUACAGUUUUGUUACACAGCAAUCAGAUCACCAGGCAACCAGUCGUCGGCGACCCCGAGUCCGUCGGCGCGGAGCAGUCCGGAGAGUAGCCCCGAUGGUAGCCCCGCAGCUCCCCAACCCACACCCCAAUCCUCCUCUUUUUACCCCCGAGGUUUGGGUCCCUUCCCAGGCUACUCUCCACCAGCCGCCCCCCUUUCCUCGCCCUUCUACCCCCCCGGCCCCCACUACUCCCGCUACAUGCUACCCCACCACUACCCACUACCUGGGGGUGGGGUGCCUGCUGUCGGGGGCAUGUUUCCAAGAAUGUACCCUCUCUUCAGCAGCCUGCUGCCCCCAAACAUGCCCCUGCUGCCUGGGGAGGCGGGGAGCAGGUUCUUACUACCUAACUCCUCCCACCCCUCAUUCUCCACCCACCGGGACUUCCUCCUCUCCGCCACCACCAGUGCCUUCUCAGCCGCCACCACCAUCGGGGACAAAGCCGGCCCCCACUACCCCCAUCACCCCUACUCUGGCCAUGAUCAUCCUCACCCACACGGGCACCCCCACGCCCCCACCAGCGGCUCACCUACAGCGGGCACGGCGGCCCCUAGCGAGCACGUGCCCACCAAGCCUACCUCAGCCCAACUGGGCAGCGCCAGCGGCCGGCAGGAGGAGGCCAUGAACCUGAGCAAGAUGAAGCGUGGUGGUGGCUCUACAGGCUACAAGACCCUGCCUUACCCACUCAAGAAGCAGAACGGCAAGAUCAAGUACGAGUGUAACGUCUGCAGCAAGACCUUCGGCCAGCUCUCUAACCUCAAGGUGCACUUGCGUGUCCACAGCGGUGAGCGGCCCUUCAAGUGUUCGACCUGCAGUAAGGGCUUCACCCAGCUGGCCCACCUGCAGAAACACUUCCUGGUGCACACUGGAGAGAAGCCCCAUGAGUGCUCGGUGUGCCAUAAGCGCUUCAGCAGCACCAGCAACCUAAAGACCCACCUGCGCCUCCACUCGGGUGAGAAGCCCUACUCGUGCAAGCUCUGCCCUGCCAAGUUCACCCAGUUUGUCCACCUCAAGCUGCACAAGCGCCUUCACUCCCGCGAGCGGCCACACAAGUGCCCCCAUUGCCACCGCCACUACAUUCACCUGUGCAGCCUGCGGCUACACCUGAAGGGCUACUGUCUGGCUGCCGUCACCUCCUCAGGUGGCCCCACCCCCAGCCCCUCCACCCAGGAAGAGCUCCAGCGCAUCAAUGAGGAGAUUGAGCGCUUCGACAUGAGCGACCACGCUGAGAGGCUGGACCAGCUCCAGGGAGGGGUUGAGGUCGAGGCUGUCCUGGAGAAGCAGGUCCUGGGGAUGCUGUGGAGGGAGAUGGACCUCAAGACCUCCGGCUACCACCACAACAAGGGCGGCGCCAGUGAGCUCCAGUCUACAGGUUACGGCCUGUACAAUUCAGUCAAUGAGACGUCGGUUAUCAAACUGCGCCAAAGCAGUCCACUUCUUCCUUCCAACAUCACGAUCAAGCAGGAGUCCGAGGAACAGGCUUGAGCUCACCGUUUGAAGGACGUUGAGUCAGACUGUGGCUCUGAGAACUUGGUUAGCAGGAGCAACGAGUGUAAAUAUAUUUUGAUGGUUGUAGCGACUGGGGUUUUCAAACUUUCAGGGACUUAUGUACUCAGGGCUCCAAGAGACACUGUCCCCAGAUUACUUAACUGUUCCACUGUGUCCUACACUUAAGACAGGACAAUCAUCCACCCAGAUCAUUGUUAUUAUUACUGUUUUCAAUGUUAUUUUUGUUGAAUUUAUUAUAUAACCUCCUUAAUUUAUUAUGCAAUUAUUCUGUCUUCGAAAAGCAAUAUGUGGAAGUGAUGUUUACAAUGACCAGGUAAUUCAUUGUAAUUUACUGUUUGUUUUUCUGAUUUUGAUUUCACUCUGGGGCCAUUUCUUUGUAUAUACUUUCUCUCUCUGCCUGUAUCCAUCCUGUGUGACCUGUUGAGAAGCAGGGGUGCCUACUUUUAUUUUUAAAAAUGUAUUUAAACAAUAUAGCAGGUUAAAAAGGGUCAAAGGUCCCAACUUUGUUUUGCCAAAGGUGAACACAAACUUUUGAUUAGAAAGAAAAGGCAUUGCUUGACCUUCUGACCCUUCCAGCAAGCUUCUCUAUGUCCACACUCCUCCCGAGUUCUACAAAAAAAGGGCAUUUUUUGUUUUAUGUAUUUUCAACAACGGUUACCUCAGUGUGUGUAUGAUUGUAUGCCUGUGAGUGUGAGUAUGUGUGUCUGUACGUUCAGAGGGAAGCUGAAGGAGAGUGUGUUUUCUAUUUACUGCUUUUGCUACUUGAAGAAGAAACCACAAUCAACUGGAGUGCAGCUCCACAUGAUCCAAAGAGCAGGAAAGUCUGCUCAAUAUGUAGCAUAUAAAGACUGCGAGUCCAGGAAUCCCCCCCCCCAACAGUCCAAGGGAACUUCAAUACACUGUUAAUAGCAAAAGGAGACACUGUAAAGUUUACUUGGCUUUAGUUUCAAACACACCAAAAAGAGACUUAAAUUAUUGAAAAGAAGACCAAGAGAAUACUGUUUGUCUGUGAUGAAGUGUUAUCUCUUUAGCUGUGGUUUUGUUUGAGAAAAAUGUAUCCUCCUUCUCAUUUUUAAAUGGCACAGACCAAAGCACCUUGGCCUUCUUAUGCACUGGCCCCUCCCCCAAGCUGGUGCUUGCUCCUCCCACUAUUCAAUAUGAUUUGACUGCUAUAAUGGCUUUAAGACGACAUAUGGUUUGUCUCCAUAGCAACUGUGAGCCCAGGCCGGUGACCUGGAAGCAGUUGCACAUCAGCCCCCAUUCCCUCGCUUUUUUCUCUCUCCCUCCAACCCUGAAGUAUGACCAAAGCAUCCCCUUUCAUCUUUAGCCCUAGAGGAGAAAAAAAUACUGUCUCUGUUUACAUACUCGUUUACAUUGUUAUUUAUGUGCAAAAUGUAAAUUUCUGAUAAAUGUCCACAGUUCUAAUCUGA